UAGUAUAAUGUUUUAGUGAUAAAAUCUGUAGAAAAGCCCUACAGAAAUCCCAAAUUUCUCGUCGGAGAUUUCUAAGUAAAACCCUAAAAGAAGCCAUAUAUAUAAAUAUUUAUAUUCAUCCCCCUCGUGUGUGCUACUCUCUGUCUCUCUUUUCUUCACUCUGGUCUGAGAUUUUGAUUCUGCUUCUCUUCUCAUCUUCCAAGAGAUGGCACUCGAAUCAAAUGCUCCAUUGGUGGAUCCACACAUUGUGGGCAAUGCUUUUGUUCAAAAAUACUACAACCAUUUAUAUGAAUCACCAGCGGAAGUGCAUCGAUUCUAUCUUGAGGACAGUGUUUUAGGGCGCCCUGGUUCCGAUGGAGAGAUGGUUUCUGUAAAAUCUUUAAAGGCUAUUAAUGACCAGAUCAUGUCCUUCGAUUACGAAAACUCAAAGAUUCAGAUUUUGACUGCUGAUUCCCAAGCAUCAUACAAAAAUGGAGUUGUUACUCUAGUCACGGGUUUGCUUACCGUGAAAGAUGGAGAAAGAAUGAGAUUUUCUCAAUCUUUUUUCCUUGUGCCGCAGAAAGGAAGCUACUUUGUGCUCAACGAUGUCUUUAGGUAUGUCUCUGAUGACUUUGUUGAACCAGAAGCUAACAAGAAGGAGGUUGUGGAGACGACUCCUCAAGUAACAGUCACAAUCUUGGCGGAGCCGGCAAAUGAAGUUGCAGAGCCAGUUUCUAUCCCAACUCAACAGACCGUGGUGAAACAGACAGCUGAAGUUGCGGUGAAAAAACCAGAACGAGCUAUAGCAAAUGGACAUCCCAAAACCCGAGAGGAAAAAGUUGUGAACGAUAUCAGCAACGGUGUGGCUGCUCCCAAGAAAUCCUUUGCAGUAGUUGUGACUGAGGGUGGUUCCAUAUUUGUUGCAAACUUGCCUAUGGACGCUACAGAGGAGCAACUCAAUGAAGUAUUCAAAGGUUUUGGUGUUAUCAAGGAAAAAGGUAUCCAAGUUAGAAGCUACAGGCAUAAGGGAAACUGUUUCGGUUUUGUGACAUACGAAAAUGCUGAAGCUGUGAAACUGGUCAUCAAGGCUCACAAAGAGUCAGCCAUCAGAAUUGGAAACAGGAGAGUUUCUAUAGAAGAGAAACGAGGCAACAAUGAUGGUACAUCCUCAAUGCGAAACGGAGGUUAUAGGAGCGAGAACGGUUACAGGAACGACGGGUUUAGGCCUCGUGGCAACGGUUAUAAUGGAGGACGAGGCUAUGGAAGAAAUGGAAAUGAGAGACGGGGAGAAUCACGCAACGGUGAGGCUAGUAAUGGUGAUGGCAAAGUUUCUCAGAAGGGUACGGUGAAAGCUGGCCGUGAAAAUGCUCAAUCCAGAGACUAAAAGAGUUUAAAGUCUUGUUUCUUUAUAUUCUGAAUGUUGUUGUUAUUGUUCAUUUGAAAUUGAGAAUCUGAAGUUUUUUAUAGGAAGAGGAGAGUGCGAGAAAUUAAAAGUUUUGUUGGAGUAGGUUUUAUCAUCUCUUAGGCGAUAUGCCCUUCUUUCAUUUGAGCUUUUGUUUGGGAUCAUAUUUUUUUUUUAUAUUGAGUGAUGGAGGGAUU